UUUCCAGGUUGUAAGAUCAAUGGACAAGUUGUAGCCGAGGGGCAGGAAGUAGUCGGCUCGAUAGACGAUCGUUGCAUGGUGUGUCAGUGUUCGCAAAAUAAACUAACCUGUGCCAAGAAGACAUGUCCAAUACUACAAUGUCCCAUUUCAAAGCAAACACAAAAUCCCAACGAGUGUUGUCCACGUUGUACCGAGCACCGCGAGUUUAUGCCAGUAACUGGCAAAUGCAUUUUCAACAACAAAGUCUACUACGAUAAGACUCAAUUCACGCCCGAUCGCUGCACAAAUUGCACCUGCAGCAAUGGCACAUCGGUGUGUCAGCGCAACACCUGCCCCGUGCUAGAAUGCUCGCCCGAGUAUCAGGAAAUGGACGGCUGCUGCCCACGCUGCAUCACAUCGGAAGUGCGCAGCGAAUGCAUACACAACGGUAUUACCUACAUGAAUAACGAGACUUGGAAUUUGGGUCCAUGCCGCUCGUGUCGCUGUACUGCCGGCAAUAUACGCUGUUCCGAAAUGCGCUGUGCGGCGGUGAGGUGUCGUUCGAAUGAGGAGAAGAAAACUUUGCCGGGUGAGUGUUGUCCACGUUGCCUAGAGACCGCUGGCACCUGCACUGUCUUCGGUGAUCCGCACUUCAAAACGUUCGACGGCAAAUUCUUCAGCUUUCAGGGUUCGUGCAAAUAUCUGCUCGCUGCCGAUUGCCGUGAUCAUUCCUUCUCCAUACGUCUGACGAAUGAUGGGCGCGGCACGAAGCGGUCGUCGUGGGCGAAAACGGUAACUUUGAAAAUGCGCGGUAUGCGUGUGAAUUUGGGUCAAAAGCUGCGUGUAAAGGUGAAUGGCAGUCGGGUGUUGUUGCCGUAUCAGGGCGCGGCCGAUGGGCCCAUCAUCAGUAUCGAACGGCAAGGCGAAAGUAUUUUACUGCGGACCGAUGUGGGGC